AUCAACAAAAUUCAACAAAAGAUAUGAGCGAGUUCAAGAAAGUUAGCAAUAAAACAAUGAAUCAAUAGAAAUUGAACUUAAUACAUACUAGCUGCACCAUGGAAAGCAUUAAGACUUUUUCUGUAUCUUUUAUCAAAGGUUUUAUAGACAGCUUGCGAGGUGUAACUGUACUCUUGUAUUUAGAUAAGGAAAUUAAUGAGCGAGCUUUGAGGAGUUCUCCUCUCAUAGAUGUUGAAACAAAGAAGAAACAGACAAAGCCAAAACAGGAAUCAAAAGUACUUACAAGAGUAUUGCAGUCAUGCAUCCUCAAUGGAUUUAUAUUUUUGCUAAGCAUAUUAGUAUUUGAAUAUGCAUUAUUGCCGGCGGUGAAGUACUUAGUUACUAUAGUGUUUGGUCACAAUCCUGGUGUGGCCCACAACGUAUGGGCAUGGAUGCAACCGUUCCUCUCUAUGACCUUCAGGAUGAUAUGGGUUCUGCCAUUAUUUUUGUUGAGCAAAUUGGUCAACAGUUUGUGGUUUCAGGAUAUUGCGGAUUCAGCGUAUAGACAUCGACGUGGGCGACCACAGUUUAUGUCCAGUGUCAGCAAAAUUAUUGCAGAUUCGCUAUUCAGUUUGCUAGUGCAAGCUUUAUUUUUAGUUCAGAGUAUGCUGGUGAGCAUGCUGCCUAUAACAUACAUAGGAGAGCUAUUGUGCCUGGUGCAUAUGUGCUUAUUAUACGCGCUGUACUCGUUCGAGUACAAAUGGUUCAACAUGGGCUGGGAGCUGCACAAAAGGCUCACAUUCAUAGAAACCAACUGGCCUUACUUCCUUGGCUUCGGUUUACCUUUGGCAGUGCUGACUGAGAUACCAGAGUCUUAUAUAAUAAGUGGUUGCGUGUUCUCAAUAUUUUUCCCAGUUUUCAUAUUGAGCGGCAACGAGGCGAGUCCUGUACCCGGUUGUGAAUACCCCUUGCGGCUGUUUUCUCCAGUAGUCGCAAUUUCUAACGGCUUGUUUAGAUUCGUCAGACAAGGAGCCGAAACAGUGACCAGCUCUAGUAGGUGAUAUUACACCACUCUACUGCGAGUCAUAUACAAUCUACAAUAGAUGUAGAAUUUACAACUCCAUAAAGCGUAAAAUUUCUCAAACCGUUGUGAACCUUUGUAUGUGUAGAAUAAAGUUCAAAAUCAUCUGAAGGCAU